AUGGAGGUUCUCGCGCCCGUGGCCUGUCAUACCUGCGUGGAUAAGAUCGCCGAGGAAAUCGCCUAUCGCCCCGCGCGCUGGGAACAUGCCGUGGAAAAGUUGAUUGACGAUGUCUGGGCGGUUCUCGUUCAAGGCCGGACGGGCUUCGAUACGACGUGCAAGGACAAACGUGCUGAGAAAUUGGGUUUACUUUGCCCCGCGCUCCCGUGGUACAUCGAACCUCCGCCUUCCUACGACGAUGCCGUGAACGAUUUGCCUCCGGAAUACCCUGCACUACCUCCGCUCGCGGAGCGCAAGACUGCGCUAUCGCCUGCUGCGCCGCCGACACCUGCUACGAAGUCGCGAAGUCAGUCCCGCUCGCUGUUUAAAGAUCAGUCUUUAGAUGUCUAUGUUGAUUUUGAGAGCACGGUCGGGGUUCGCGAGCACAAGAAGAAAAAGGGUGGUGGAGCCGGUGCGGCGAAGAAACCCACUGCACCCCCACCUCCGGCUGAUACUGGAGGCAGUUCGAACGACGCUCCAGAUGAUCAGGCGAGCGGUGACGCAAACAGCGGUGGUGAUGCAGGCGGAGGAGACGGAGGCGGGGAUGAUAGUGGAAAUGGAGGAGGUGGUGGUGGUGAUGGCGGCGGUGAUGACUGGAAUACUUGGGGAACCGUCGCCAGCACCAAGAAAAAGACAAAGAAGCAGGAGGAGGAGGAAGAGGAAGAGCGAAAAGCUGCCGAGGCGUCUGCGGCUGCUAAAAACACUCUCAGCUGGGCUGAUGAUGCAGAAGAUGGCGGCGGCGACGACUGGGAUGGUUUUACCACAGCAGGAAAGAAGAAGAAAGGCAAGGAUGAGGCACCUCCAGGAGCGUUUCAGGAUAUAAGCCUGGAUAGCGGAGCUCCCCAGCUAGAUCUCAAUUUCGAAACUGGUCCCAAAACCGGAGGAACUGGCUUCAGUUUCGGUGGAUGGGGCAAAGACUGGAGCACUGGAGGUGCUCCAGCUGCCAGCAAAUGGGGCCUCGGAGCCAUCGGAGAAUCACCCCCGAAAGAGGAACCCAAAGACAACAACCCCUGGGGAGCCGCUAAGAAAAAAUCGACCAAGACCACCGCAGGCGGAUUCGACUUUGGCGAUUUGGGAUCCCCUCCAGCCGAGGAGACUAAAGCAGAUGACGAUUGGAGCACUUGGGGUGUCGCAACGAAGGAUAAGAAGAAGAAAAGCUUGCUUAAUCCUGAACCUGCCGCCGAACCCGACCCUGAAGCACAACCUGAACCUGCGCCUGCGCCUGUUGAAUUAGAGCCGUUACCUGAAUUGGAUCUCGAGCCCGAGCCCGAGGUCCCUGGGUCUAUCCUUACCGAAGCCUGGUACAUCGGUCUUUCCAAGAAGGAACAGCGCAAGGCUAAAAAGGACUGGGAGAAGAAGGUGAAAGACGCAGAAGACGAGCUUGCCAAGGUCCGCGAGUCCAACGCAGCCAAACAAACCGCCUACGACGAGGCAGUGAAAGCCAGAGAAGAGGCCGAAGCUCCACCUGCCCCAGAUCCGCCUGCUCCAAAACCCGAACCCGAAGCUGAUAAUGACUGGGGAUGGGCUGUUCCUUCGAAGAAGGACAAGAAGAAGAAAAGAUCGAUCUGCUGGCAGACCCCGAGCCUGUACCUGCACCUGCACCUGACCCUCCACCAGAGGAUGACUGGGCAGGUAGUUGGGGUACUGCUGAAAGAACCCGAACUAGUCAUUGAAGAACCGGCACCGGAACCUCCUAAAGCUAAGGAGCCCGAAGAGACCUGGGGUGCCUGGGGUGUGGCUACUAAGGACAAGAAGAAGAAAAAGGGCAAAGAGCCCGAGCCCAUACCCGAACCUGAACCUGAACCCGAACCAGUUCCUGAACCUGAACCCGAGCCCGAACCUGAGCCCGAACCUGAACCUGCCCCCGUGCAUGACGAUCCUCUAUAUGACAACUGGCAUAACCUCUCGUCCAAAGACCGGAAGAAGCGCGAGAAGAAAUUAGUCCAGAAGGGCCGCCUCCCUAUCCCUGGAAAGGAUUUCGAACUUCCUUCUAACAAGCCAGCCGAGCCCGAACCUGAACCCGAACCCCCAGCUCCUGAACCUGAACCCGAACCUGAACCUGAGCCCGAGCCUAUUCCUGAGCCCGAGCCCGAGCCAGAACCUCCAAAGCCAGAAGAUGACGCCUGGGGAGGUGUCUGGGGCACGACUAAGGAUAAGAAGAAAAAGAAGAAGGGCAUUGAAGAACCACCUCCACCUGCGCCCACUCCUCCAGCACAAGGCCUUACUCCGGAGCCCGAGAUCCUCGAUAACGCUGAUGAUAUCUGGGCUGACCUGGGUGCCAAGUCUAAGAGUACUAAGAAGACAAAGGCAAUCGAAUCGAUCAAGGAAGAAAAGCCAGCCGCAAAGGGAUUCUGGGCAUCGUUAACCGGAGGUUCUGCUGCCAAAACGAAGUCAACAAAGGAGAAAUCCAAAUCGAAGGAAGAACCGCUCGCAGAAGAGGAAGAUCUUCUCAUCGACGUUGGAGAUGAUCCUCCAAAUGAACCCGAACCUCAGCCAGAACCCGAGCCCGAGCCUGAAAUUGUACCAGAGCCAGUCAAAGAGGAACCUCCCCCCGAGAAGUCAUCGAAGAAGUCUACGGCCAAACUAUCUGUCGCUGAGCGUAUCAAGGCACUCGAGCAGAACAAGAAGGAAAAGCUUAAAGAGGCCAAAGCAAGCUCUAAGUCAAAGACCAAAGAACCCGAGCCCGAGCCCGAACCUCAACCUGAACCUGAAGUUGAGCCUAUACCUGAACCAGAACCCGAACCUGAGCCCCAGCCUGAGCCCGAACCGGAACCUGCCCCCGUUCACGAUGAUCCUCUCUACGACGGCUGGCAUACUCUAUCAUCUAAGGACCGGAAGAGGCGAGAGAAGAAGCUGAUUCAGAAGGGACUUCCCAUUCCUGGCAAGGAUUUCGAGCUACCAUCUGAUAAACCGCCCGAACCCGAACUUGAACCCCAGCCUGAGCCCGAACCUGAGGCGGGAAAGCAUAUCUCUAGAGAUUCCGUUCCCGGGAGUUUCCCUGACGAACCUGAGAUCGAAGUCCCAGCUGAACCUGAACCUGAACCCGAGCCCAUUCCCGAACCUGCCCCCGUGCACGACGAUCCUCUAUACGAAAACUGGCAUGAUCUCUCCUCUAAAGACCGGAAGAAGCGCGAGAAGAAAUUGAUCCAGAAGGGCCUCCCUAUUCCUGGAAAAGACUUCGAACUUCCUUCUGAAAAGCCAGCCGAGCCCCAACCCGCACCUAAACCCGAAGCUGAGCCUGUACCUGAGGCUGAGCCAGAAGAUGCUGGUGCGCCUCCAACACCACCACCAGACGUGGAAGAACUUCCAAAAUCUUCUAAAAAGGAACGUCCUCGUGUGGAUCGUGCUGCUAGCGGCACUGGUUGGGGUUUCUGGGGCGCAGCACCUCCACCGAAAAAGUCCAUCAAGAAGGAGAGCAAGGAGAGCAAGGAAAUUAAGGAAGUUAAGGAAACCAAAGCGGUCGAGGAAGCUGAGUCUCCCAAGAAACGGGACAAGGAAAGCAAAUCUGCAGAGGAAGUUGAGUCUCCCAAGAAACGGGAGAAAGAGGAGCGAAAGGAAUCAACUCGCGACCGUGAACGUGAACGUGAACGGGAUCGCGACCGCUCCCCUGUAGCAGCCGUUCGUUCCAAAUCUACGAAAUCGCGUCCCAAAGAAUCAGAUGCUGAGGUUGAGAAAUCUUCGUCUGACCGGGAAAAGCGGCGUGAGCGAGAACGAGAGCGAGAGCGCGAAGCGCGCUCUUCUAAGCAGCAGCGUGCGACCACCCUGUCCAACUUCGUAUUUGGUCAGCCCCCGCCAAGAAGCAAGUCAUCCCGCAAGCCGGAGUCCUCAUCCAAAAGACCUUCCUCCAAGCCGGUAUCCCGGCGUCCUUCGAUUGACCCGGAAGAUGAAGCUGCCAUGCCGUCGCCGCCUCCAGAUGAAACACUCGAGGUAACCGAUAAGGCAGCCAAGUUGAUGGGCAUCAACGCGUCUAAAUCCAAACGCGACCGCCCACGUGCUGAGCGCCGGAAGUCUACUCCCCGCGACCCAUAUGCGAUUGAUGAUGAUGAUAUGGUCUUGGUCGAUAUGGAAGUUGCUGAUGGCCAGUCACCCAAAGAGGGCUCGAGAGGGUCAAAGCGCAAGUCCAAAAGAGAGUCUCGCACAAAACCCGAGGAGGACGAUGCCGUCAUGGUCGAUGCUGACCUAGCUCGCGGUGGUCCAGACCUUCUUUCAGGACCAGAUGAUAUGGCUUUCGUCGAUGCGCCUCCUCGAGAGAGACGUCUGAAACGCCCGCCGCCUAGUACACCCAAGAAGCAAGACACCGGUGGGUUCAUGGGUAUUUUUGGUUCACUGCGAAAACCGGCGCGUCCGGAGAUGCCAGACCGUCGCAAGUCUCGCUCCUACCGUGACGAAGAGGCCAGACACAUGACCGAGCCAGAGCGUGAUGAUCGCCGAGUGCGCCGUGACCGUGACCGUGAUGAUCGACGCCGGCGGUCCGUGAAACCCGAUACUGAUGUUGAAGGAUUCACCACGGACGCCGCUGGCGCUGCCGCAGGCGGCGAAACCGAGCCCGAAGACGCCGAAGCUCGAAGGGCAGCUCGUCGGGCGAAGCGCACAUCCCGACAAGCCCCAUCCGAGACACGAGAAGCUGAAGUCCGUGAAGCCGAAGCUCGCGAGGCCGAAGAGCGACGCGCCAGACGUAAAGAGAAGAUCCGCGAGCGCGAAGCACGCGAGCAACGAGCCCGCGAAGAAGAAGAACAACGCCGAGAAGAAGAGCGACGAGUCCGCCGCGCCGCACGCGAAGAACGCAAAGCCCGCGAGGAACAAGCCGCCCGCGAAGCCGCCGCAGCCGAAGAAGCGAAAGCCUUGGAGCGCCGCGAACGCCGCCGCCAGCGCGAAGAAGAAAUGGCCGCCAAAGUCAAACGCCGCCGUUCCCGCGCUGACGACCCCCGGUCGACGGAUACGGCUACGCACCAGAUGACCAGCCCGACGGCCGUCGCGGCUCUCGCCCGCCGACGGAGAUCGAAGGCUAUGCCUGCGGCAGAGCAGACGCGGGCGCCGUUGAUGACGGGUGGCCUCAAUCAUGGGAAUACAGGUGGGCCCAAGAAAGACAAGAUCUCCACGUGGGUCUACUCACAAGCUGAAGAACCCCCUGAGCCGCCGCCCAUCAUGCCCACCGUCAUCGACAUGCCACCGGACGCAGCCACAGCCGCCGAGAACGCUCACUCGCUAUCCUCGGACGAAGAAGCGCGCCGUGCCGCGAGGAGGAGGGCUCGCCAGAGAGCUAAGUAUGGUGAUAUGCCCGAUGGGGAGGUGGUUGAUGAUGUACGCUCGAGACGUCGUGAGUCGCGCCGCGAGGGUGUGAAGAGUAGUUCUGGGAGUGGGGAUUAUGAGCGUGAGAGGGGGAUGCGGUCUCAGCAUGGGAGUCGGCAUGGUGGAGCUCCUGCGCCGCCGAGUUCGGGGGCGAAGAAGUCGAGUUGGUUUAAGAAGCUUACGAGUUUCUAA